CGCGCGGGCGGAACAUCCGCAAGAUCCGUGGUGACAAGCCUGAGGGCUCUUGUCUCUGAUGGCGAAAUGCUUGCACAACAGGUGUGUUUUUUUCUCCCCCACCGCACCCAUUGGAUGAAGGCUCGAACUCAAAAUAAGCCAAAUCUAAAAAACGCCGGCCGGGUUAACGUCACCCCAAACGGGCCCCGGUCAUAUUCCCCCCCGGAGGCGACAGAGAUGGCUUACUGGAAUUCCUAAAACACUUCGGUCAGGAAUCCAACUCCUAUCGAGCAAAACCCUGAGCUGCCGGAUGUUAUAUAUCUGACCCUGAGCACCGUGCACUAACACGAAAACUUAAAGUCCGACAUUCUGCUGGGGCGGGCCGCAAGCCACAAGAGCAGGCUUCAAAACGCGGAUGCCGCCACACACCUAAAGCCGAGUUCAAAGAAACAUAACGAAUUUCCCCCCAGCACCAGGAGGAGGAAGCAGGAGGAGGACGAAGAGGACAACAGAGUGGGCCCUACCCCGGCGGGAAAGCGGGGAAGCUGGACUGCAGAUUUCCGCGCCCACUCCGUCGUCAAAUGACGGCCGCGACGCCCUCUCGCGAACCGAAAACGGCCGACUCCUCCAUCGACGUGCCAGGGCAGGAGAGGCCUGUCCACCUCCGAGACUUUUCCUCGUCGGGGAGCCCCUCUGGGACGGCUGGCGCCGACGACGGGCCGGCCGCGCACGGGCCCGCGGCCACUCAGAGCCCGAGCACGGGCCGGGCGGCGAGGCCCGCGAGGGUGCGGGCAGCCGCUCCGGCGGCCACGGAGCAGGCGGCUCGGGCCCAGCGGCGGUCCUCGAGGCGCGGCCUUCACCCCCACCACGUUCGACGCGAGGACGAAGACCGAGACCGCCGCGUGCAUCAGCGCGCGGCCCCGACCGCCCCAGAUCACCGCCAGCAGCCCCAGCAGCUUGCCGAAGGACGACACGGACGUGGCCACCAGCACGCCCCGCCAGCUGGCCCCCGGCCCCGGCCCUUCCCGGCAGCCGGCACCUCCGCGGGGCCAGGCACAGGCCGUGGCGGCCACGGCGGCCAGGAACGCGGCCAUCUCGAGGAAGACCAGGAGCAGCAGGGGUAGGUCGCCGCCCCAGCGCCCCCGCCACCCGGGCAGCGCCCAGGCCGCCGGAGCGCCCGCCCCCGGGGGCGCGCCGCCGUCCCAGCUGAGGGCCAGCCGCGCGUGCGCGUCCAGCAUCAGGCACACCAGCAGGAACCUGCAGGCCUCGUGCCAGAGCAGCCCGGGCUCGGCCGCACAGCGGUUGCGCAGGAUGUGGCGGUACCGACUCCUGCCGCAGCAGCUGCAGGUCGACCAGCACCAACAGGGUGUCGAACUCGAUGUAGGGGUCCACGGUCCUGCAGCACCGGGCGCACUGCCGCAGGCGGAUCUCCGCCCCGACCGUCUGGUAGAGGUCCGGGGCGGGGCACCCGCAGUGGACGCAGGCGAGCUGCUGCUCGCCUGGCGCGCGGGGGCCCUGGCCCAUGGGGAGGGGGCCUCCCGUGGCGCAGGCGGGCUGCUCGCAUGUGGCGGCCGGCCUGGAGCC